GCAACGCGCAACGCAAUAGCCGGCGGCUAGAUGCGUGAUCUUUGCGUGAACCCGUAAAGUGCCCUGACAACUUCUAGUUUUUCUUCCUCACUUCCUCAAGUUCAUAAAACUUAGUAUUUCACGGGCAAGCCGAAGUGCCGACUUCUAUUUGAACAAACUAAAAUGUCUAAGAUGUGUGAAUUGACUCAAAAAGUUUCAAAUGAAGUUGUUUGGUACAUUGGAUGUAUUACUGUAUUUUGGUUUCUGUUUGUAAUUCUAAGAUCAUUGUGGCGUGGAUUGUAUACCUGCAUUGUAGCAGAUUUAGUUGGAGCUACAGUGAACUGGAAGAAACUUGGGAAAUGGGCUGUUGUCACCGGAGCUACUGAUGGCAUUGGAAAGGCAUAUGCUCAUGCUCUUGCUGCAAAACGAUUUGACAUAGUUUUAGUUAGUAGAACACCUGAAAAACUUGAAGCAGUUGCCGAUGAAAUUGAAAAGAAGCAUGGUGUGAAAACAAAAAUUGUUGCUGUAGAUUUCACUGGUGAGCUAAACAUCUAUAACACAAUUCGACAAGAGAUUGAAGACCUAGAUAUUGGGGUUUUAGUUAACAACGUUGGAAUGAGUUAUGCCUAUGCAGAGUAUAUUACUAAAGUUCCAAAUGGGGAAAAGUUUGUUGACAACUUGAUAAAAGCCAACAUAAUUUCAUGCACACGAAUGUCUUUGCUAGUUCUGCCUCAAAUGGAGAAGAAAGGAAAAGGUGUAAUCAUUAAUAUUUCUUCCCUGAGUGCAUUAUCACCAGUUCCUUUGUUAAGUGUCUACAGUGCCUGUAAGGUAUUUGUGAAUUUCUUCUCUAAAGCAACACAGGAAGAAUAUAAGGCAAAAGGAAUUAUUGUUCAGUCUGUCCUUCCAGGAUUUGUUUCAACAAAAAUGUCAAAAAUGCGUCCAAGUUUUACAACUUGUACACCAGAAGCAUUUGUGCGAUGGGCUUUAAAAACCGUAGGAGUCGAAAGUCAAACUUAUGGCUAUCCUGUGCACAAACUACAGGGUCUAAUUCAAGAACUUCUUACCAACUAUUUACCAGAAAAUCUAAACCUUGCCCUGAAUCAUAAGAUGAUGAACAACAUACGCAAACGCUACUAUAAAAAGUUUGGUUUAGUGGAUGAAGAUAAAAUGAAACUUGAAUCAAAACGAAAAUAGAGUAUGGAGAAAAUUUAAUUUUUUUAUUUGACUGUUUUUCCUUUUGUGUAUUUACACCUUUUUUUUCUGUUUUGUUAAUUCACUGAAAAAUCUCUUAAGUAAGCUUUUCCAUUGUACUUGGUAUUUUUAUAAGUUUAUAUUAAAUAUUUUUUUUUAAAAAAUUGUUUUUUCAUG